AAAAGAAAAAGAUGAACUAAAAUUGAAAAGAACGUUUGUCAAAAGUAAUUGAGAACAAUAGGUUCACCCCGUUAUGAAUGAAAAUCAAUAUAGCGUGAUAACCUUCCAUGAUCCUACAGAAAUUUUCUCGGUCGUUGGUGUUCCUGUAGCGAGUUUGACAAUUUCUAGGUUAUGGUCGUUUUCUAACGACCAUACAUCAGAGAGAAUUCGAAACUACCGAAGAAGCAGCGUUCUAUUUUCGUAUUCGCGAAGGGGAAAAGUGUGUAUAUUCUUACCUAAAGUGGGUGGGCCGAUUACGCGUUUAUAAUGCGUCCGAAUGCAAGUAGAUUUAACAGGGUGCUAUAAAAUCUUCCGAAGAUGAACAAAAAGAAGUCCCAUUCGUCGUCGAAGCAGAACCAUCAUCGAAAACAAAUAUCGGCGGUGAAAGCGAGAAAACAUCUCAAUGAUUUGUGCGACCGACUAUAUCACAGUGAGUAGAAUACCAAGAGCCUUGUCCGAGUUUGCAUUUGGUGCUACGACUCUAUCGCGAUAGAGAGUCUACUUUAUCAGGUCACACGAGGGUGGGGAUCAGCAAUUGAGAUAUACUUAUCGUCGGAUUAAGCAAUUUCUUGUCCGAUACAUGGGUGAGCUGCGAUCCUGCAUAUAACACACAACUAUGGGAGUACUAUAUAAGUGUCACACCAAAUUUAAUGCUAAUUGACUACUAUAGUAGCAACUUACAACCAAUGAAGACAAAUCAAUCAAAACAAUCCCGGGGGGUAGGACAAUUCAUGGGAUGGCUGAAAGAGAAUGAUGUUAACGUCGAUGGAGCAAGUAUUGUUGGCUUUACGGGAUACGAUUUAGGUCUAAGAGCAGAGCGUGAUUUUGUAGAGAAUGAACUUAUUUUGGAAAUACCUAGGAAACUUAUAUUUAGUACGCAAACAGCUGCCCCCGAGUUAGAAAGUUUUCAACGUGAUCCUUUGGUACAACAGAUGCCACAAGUGGCAUUAGCUAUUGCUUUGCUUGUCGAAAAAUAUAAAGAAAAUUCGAAAUGGAAACCGUACUUUGAUAUUCUUCCUACUAGUUAUAAUACGGUGCUCUAUAUGAAUCUACCUGAAAUGAACAAGCUUAAAGGCAGUCUAACAUUAGAAACUGCCUUGAGACAAGUCAGGAAUAUUACACGACAAUACUCUUACUUUAAUAGAGUUUUUCAAAAUGGUAGUGAUGCAGUGUCUAAUUUGCUCAGGGAUAUUUUUUCAUACGAGGAUUAUAUUUGGGCCGUUUCUACAGUAAUGACAAGACAAAAUUUAAUUCCAAGCGAAGACGGGUCCAGCAUGAUCCAUGCUUUAAUACCAAUGUGGGAUAUGUGCAACCACGAAGAAGGAAGGAUAACUACAGGUUUUAAUACAACUUCCGAUUGUUGCGAAUGCUAUGCAAUGAGAAAUUUUAAAAAAGGAGAACAGAUAUUUAUCAGUUACGGUUCAAGAACGAAUUCCGAUUUUCUAGUACACUCUGGUUUUGUUUGUCUAGAAAAUAAAAAGGAUGGAGUUAGAAUCCCUCUUGGUAUUAGCGCGUCAGAUCCGCUUAGAAAAGAACGUACCGAGCUUUUAGAUAAAUUAGGAUUACCUGCGACGGGUAAAUUUUUAUUAGAGGCUGGCACUGAACCGAUAUCCGAUUCGCUCCGUGCAUUUCUUCGUGUAUUUAAUAUGCGAAAGGUUGAGCUUAGCCGUUGGUUAAAAUCAGAUAAAGUUACUGACUUGAAACACAUCGAUUGCGCUUUAGAUACCAUCGUCGAAAAAUGUGUGAUGAGAUUUUUGUUAGACAGAUUAAAAUUACUACUCGCUAAAUAUCCUUCAACAAUAGAGGAGGAUCUAGAAAAACUCAAUACCAGAUUACCGAAGAUGCAACGCUUGAUUGUACAAUUGAGAAUAUCCGAAAUGAAGAUUCUAUUGAAUGCACUUGAUUAUGUAAAGCAAUGGUUAAAAGUCUAAGAAAUGGGGGACGCAAGAAUGAAAACGAAAAAACGACUAUCACCUACUUUUUGUCCUAUGAAGAAUCUCUCUCUCUCUCUCUCGCUCUCUCUUUCUCUCGAGAAUGUAAUUUUAUUUUUACAAUUAAAAGUUGUCUAAUAUUUCGGUGUUGAUAAAAGCCGAAUAUAAGCAAGAAAAGAUAAUCUUUACUAUACGAUAAAAUUAGGGUAAUAAAACUGGGAGAAAGUGAAAACGAGAAUCAAUGGUAAAUGCAUUUAAAGAGAAAAAAAUAAUAAGAAAAAACAAACAAAUAAAUAAAAGAAAAAUAAAGCUAAAGAAAUGCUAUAUAUGUAAAAGAAGAAAAACACUAAUUUUCAUUGCAAAAGUUAAUGUGCAUAUGUAGAACAUACCUUGAUUUUUAUUUUUUCAAUGAAGAACAACAAUAUUGCAUAUAUAAUUGCAUAAUAUAAAUUAUAUUUCUUAUUGCCUUUGAUAUGCUGCGUUCUUGUUGGAAUCGUUCAUCUCGAUGGUUAAUGAUCUAUUGAUCGAUCCAUGAUCUACCAAUAACUAUGAGCUCGACUCGUUGCUAUAUUCAUUAACAAGAGUAUAAAAAAAAAAAAAAAAAAAAAAAAAAAAAAAAAGAGAUAAGCUUUGAUUUUUUUUUAAAGAGAAUAAUUAAGGAGAAAACUCUUUGCAUCAUCAAAUAUUUUAUGGCAUAGGCAUAUGAUACCAUAUAUAUAUAGAUCUGUAAUUACAAUUAAAUUGUACAAUAUAAAGAUUUUUGCGAACGUAUUAUCACGUGACUGAGUGAUAGUACUACGAAGGAAAGAAAGAAAGAAAAGAAAAAAUAAAAAACAAAAAAUAAGAAAAUAUAACGUAACAUCUUAAAUGCUUCCUAAUCAUUUAAAAUUGUACCAUAUCCUGCAUUUCUGUACAAUAAUGCGAGAAAUUAUGAGAAUAUACUUGUGGACUACAUAUGUUGAAAUGCGGAUUGAUUAUACAGAAAAUUAUAUAUCUCUAUACAAUGUUUUAGAUGUUCUAUAAUAUUGUAAAGAAAACAAAUGGAUUGAGACAAGAAAAAAAGAAAAAGAAUAAUAUAACGGUAUAUUAUUUUGAGAGUACAUUAUUUAAUAAUCAAAAAAUUUUUGAUGCCCACUCUUUUUUAUGCGCGCAAAGCGUACAGAAAAAUUAAAGAAGCAUCGUUAAAAAGCAUUUGACAUUGUGCAAGCUACCCUGUUUGAACAAUUAAUAAAAUGAAUUUCUUAUAAUA